UAUUUAAUAGUUUGCCAUGUUAAUUUGGAAGCCACUUCUGUAACUUCUGUUCUAAUGUUGAUAGACCGUCAAAUCAACUGAAAUUUCCUUAUUUCAUUAAUUUGUUUUUUCUAUUUUCUUUCGGAAUAAUGCUGCAAAUUUAGUAAAAUUUGAAGAAAAUUCAUGCAUUGCUGCAGUUCAUGAAAGUGGCCAAUGGAACGUCGGAAUUUUUCGUGCAAUAAUUUUCAAUGCUGUGCUCGCACAGAUUGUUGGUUACGAAUACGUGGCCCUGAACUGCCCUGCACAUCAAGGUCGCUAUUCAUUGUUGGACAACCGGUGCCACAGUUGGAAGGGCCAACGACGUCUUCAAAUUUAGCAUUCCGAUAUACAAGACCAACAGAAAUUAUUCAGGAAGAUAUAAACUUGAAACAAUUACUUCUUUCGGAUACCACAAUACAAUGCUCUCCUCUUCAUCUGCGCCAGUUACUACGUCUAUAUAAAGUUGAUGUUCUCUCUCCAGCGCAUGUUCUAUUUUUGCUUGUUUACCUUAUUGCAUUGGAGUGCGGUUUUGUGCCGAAACAGCUAUUUAAGAAAUAUUGCCGUGUGCUUUCGCCAAUUCCACCUUUCCUUACCUAUCACUCAAAAAAUGUAUUGUUUCUAAGUAGAGAAAAACCGAUGUAUCAGUUCAAGAGCCCUCACGAGACAUAUUUUUCUAUUGAGCUUCGUGUGCAAAAUCGAAAUGUAAAGCAUAGCUCUCUUAACUCAAUACUUACGGCUCUCGUAAGUGGAGAUUAUCUACUUGUGACUCUAACUCCGACUACAACUACUUUGAGGGGCUCUAGUUCUUGUUUGUCAAUUAACCGUUAUAUUAUAUCACAUUUAACAUCGCGAGAACCGAUAUCGCGAUAUUUUCGAAAUCUAGAUCAGUUAACAGUACAAUUGCGGGACGAAGUUUUUAUACCAGUUCGCAAUGAGCAAUUAGCAUACUUGGGGACAAGUCCUUAUCCUUCAAUUAAUGGUCUGCCACUGGAGAUUCGUGAGGUCCUCUACGGUUAUCUAAAUGAAACCGAUUUGAAAAAUUUGUCUCAAAUGUCGAAACUAUUUUAUACAGAAAUUGAAAAGAGGAACAUGGAGAGCUACAAAGAGGGCAACCACAAUGGACCUAACGAACAGACCGAUUUAGAAGAAAGCGUUUAUGAAAAAGAUAACAGUAAAGACAUACUUGUUUGAUGAAGAUUUUGUGAAAAGAGCGUUGAAUCAAAAUAAUUAGCUAUUUUAGUAAACUUUCAAUUUAGAAUAUAUAUAAAUAUUUUGAUAUAGUAUUUAAAUUACUGUAAAAUAAAUUAAUAUUGUGGAUUACAAUAUUGUGCUGCAGAUUCAAUAUUGUUU